ACUUCAUUAAGCAUGAGAUAACCUCGAUCCUAAAUAAUACAAUAUUUUUAAUUACGAUGAUGUAAAUACUUGUGCUAGAGCAUAAUCGAGAGCUUUGUUUGUUAGUUUUUGUGUAACACUUCAAAAUGAAUUUAAGUAAAAGCGAAAAACUUUUAGCUGCUAAGAAGAAGCUCAAAGAAUUUCAAUUGAAAAAAAUCCAGGAUGUUUCUACAAAACAAGAACAUCAAUCGGUGGAUUUACCAUCCUCUCAGUGUCAAAAUACAGAAAUUAAUAAAUCAGAAUUGGAAGCUAGUAAUAAUGUAUCUACAAUGGAAACUGUUGAAAAUAAUAUACAUGUUAUCAAUCAAGAUUUCCAAAAAAAUGAAACAAUGCCUAACAGUUUAAAGGUAAAUACUGAACCUAUAGUAAAUCAUAAAGAAUUACAGAAUUCCGUGGAGGAGACUAUAAAACCCAUUCAAGAAAUGCAAGAGAUUAAUGUAAGAUCAGAAAUGGAGAAAAAAGUUGAAUUAAACAAUUUUCCAAAAGUACAAAAAGAACAUCUUUUGGAAAUGGCUUCUGCAGUUGCAGAUGUUUUGACAAAUGAUUCAGAACACGUAGAGACAACUUUGGACUGUGAUUUGACAUGUCAUAAUCAGUUCUUAAGUUCCUGUUUGGAGGAGCAGAAAAAGGUUGUGAACGAAUUGCACAUAGAACUUAGCAAUUCUCGUUGCAGAGUUGUAGAAUUAGAGGCCAAAUUAAAAGCGAGCGAGUUAGAAUUUCAGUCGCAUCUAGCGCGUGAAAUAAAUCCUUUGAAAGAACAACUUCAGAUACAUACUCAAACGACUGGUAUUCUCAUAGCAGAAAAGGCUGAGCUUACUGCUGCUCUUAGUCAGGCUCAGCAAGAUGCUAGACAAAGUUCAGAAGAGAAAGAAGAAAUAAUGGGAAAGUUUAAAAAUUCACAAGUUCGCGUGAUCGAAUUAGAGAAAGAGACUACAGCUUUGAAAAGCAGUAACGAGGAGAUACGGAAAAAUUAUCAUCAAUUGCAAAAUGAUUAUGAAUCUCUAGAAAAAAAAUUCUAUGAAUUGAAAAAAGAAAAGGAAGAUUUAAACUUGGAGGCAUCUGAAUUAAAACAGAAAUUGAAUCUAAAAAAAACAGAAUUAAUUGCUGUUCAACAAGAACUUCAUGAAAAGACAGCGCUACUUUCGUUGAGCGAGCUCAGAAUACAACAGAUGAGAGGUGCUACAUCAACGGAGGAAGAAAAGCAUACAGGAACACUAUUAGAACAAGAAUUGAUACAAGCUAAAGAAUCUUUAAAAGUUGUUAGCACUGAAAAAGACGAAGCCAAUAAACAGUACCAGAAUUACGUCAAACAAUUAGAUAUGCAACAAGCUAAAUUAUUAGAUGAGAUAAAAACGCAGAAUAAAACGAUAGAUGAUUUACAAUUAAGGGAACAAAGUUAUGUGCAAAGAUUGUCAGAACUUGAACAGCAAUUACAACAAGAAAAAGAGAAAUUAGAACAUUUAUUACCUUUACGAGAUCGUAAGGAACAAAUAGAUAAUCUGUUGAAAAAUAUUGACGAACUGACAUUAGAACAAGAAAGGCUCCAUAUUACGCUUUCAGAAAAGGAUUCGCAAAUCGAAAUGUUAACGAAAGACAUAAACGAUUUGCGCGAGGCAAGCAAUCAAGAAGCCGAAGUAACAAAAUUAGCUAGCGCGCUUGAAAGUGAACAGUUAGGUGCGUCCAGAGCAGUACAUCAAAAUCGACAAUUAAAAGAUCAGUUGACUGACAUGGAGAAUGCUUUUGUUUCUCUAAGCAAUGCAAAGUUGGACUUAACAGAACAACUUCAAGCGGAGCGUUCCAUUGGACGGAAACUAAAUACUCGGUUAAAUGACGUUGAAACUGAGUUAGAUCAAUUAAAAGAAAAACUGAAAGAGAAGGAAGUUGCUAUUGAAGAACUUGAAAAAGAAAAGUUUCAAGCGGCUCAGAUAACUGAUCAAAUACAACAUUAUCAGGCGCAAUCGCAUCAUGUUGAUACGUUCCAGCGGGAACUUCAACAUGCUUUGGUAACUAUAGAAAAACUAGAAAAAGAAAAGGAACAACUUCUAGAGAAAAUAAAAGAAAGAAGCCAAGAUAGCACUUGUCCUCAAAACAAUUUGGGUGCAUUAACUACCAACGACGAAUUAAAUCAGGAAGGGAAAGCACAUCCGGAAAAAUUGGAGGAAAGUGAUAUCAUGGCAUCAGAACCAGUGAAGUUACUCGAACAGAGAUUCAAACAAACGAUGGAACGAGUUGCGGAACUUACAGAAGAGAAACAAAAACUUGAGCAUCUUGUUUUGCAACUUCAAAGCGAAACAGAAACAAUAGGGGAAUAUAUAACGUUGUAUCAAAAGCAAAGAGCAGUCCUUCAAGUUAGGGCAAUAGAAAGAGAACAGGUGUUUCGACAAUUAUUUGAACAAAAAAAUCAAUUGCAAGAGCAAUUGCAUAAGUUGAAGAUUUUAGUCAGUAAUUUUCUUAGAAAGGAAUAUAUUCAUUCUAAUGGGACGGAAUAUUCGAUCCAAACAGAGAUGAAUUCAAAUGAUUCUGUAGUCGCGGAAAAAACGAAAGAAGCAACAGAAUCACAAACGGACAACAAAAGUGUCUCAGAACUCCUAGAUGUUCUAACAGAAAUAAAGGACUGUAAGGAUUGCUUCUUGUUUGAGCCAAAUUUUCAUCCAUGUCCUUGGUGUUCUGGAAAGUUACUCACAGUAUAAAAGAUAUGUUGUAUGCAUAUCCUAUAUUUUUUAGUAUAGAAUGUUAAUAUACAAUUUUUAAUGGACACUCAUUUGUAGAAUAUAAUUGUAUAUAAGACAAAGAUUAUAAUAACUGCAAUUUGUAAAUGAUCAACAUGGAAAAAGAACAAUUUUUUCAAAAACUAUUGACCUUUUUGUUAAAAAGAAGUAUAAA